AUGCCGACUGUCUACUCUUUUGCAAACGGAGACGCGCUUUCCAGUGGUUUAAAUAGUUUUGUUGAAAAGGUGUCACGUGAAGCAAUCGCUGACCAUGGUUACCUUUCUGUUGCCAUCUCUGGUGGUUCAUUACCCAAGAUUCUCUCAAAGGAAUUAGCCCACAAUAAGAAUGUUGACUUUUCCAAGUGGCAUAUGUUUUGGGCUGACGAACGCUGUGUUGCUCAUGAUGAUGCAGACUCGAACUUUUUGGAAGUGAAAAAGUCCCUGUUGGACCAUAUCCCUCAAAUUCCAAAGGAUAACGUCCAUCCUAUUCAUGAAGCUUACGCCAAAGCUAAAGACGCAGACAAAGCUGCCGAGGAAUACGAGGACCAGUUGAAACGAUUCUUUAACAACCAGUUACCUUCAUUUGACCUGAUGCUACUCGGUAUGGGCCCCGAUGGUCACUGCUGUUCCUUGUUUCCUGGACAUCCUCUAUUACAAGAACAUUCCCGUUGGGUUGCUCCCAUUGUGGAUUCUCCCAAACCCCCACCAGAACGUAUCACGUUAACAUUCCCUGUCGUGAACAACUCAAAGCUUGUUGUCUUUGUUACUGCUGGUGACGGUAAAAAGGACAUGGUGCAAAAGAUCAUUGAAGAACCCCAACAUGAAUUCCCUUGUCAGAGAGUCAAACCCACACAUGGUCAAGUUUAUUGGUUUAUUGAUGCUGCAGCUGCUGCUAAACUUCGAAAGGAAUCGUGUUCGGACUAUAAACUGUAA